AGGCCUUCCGCGCGCACGGCAACCGUUCCACCUGCGCGCCUUCGCGCUCGCCGCCCACUCUCGUCCGGUUCUGCGCCGGCGCGGGGCCGGCUAAGACGCGCGAGGGAUUUGUGAGACGCAUGCGUAGUGCGCGGCCCGCCGCUUCGUUGUCGCUCGGGUACCGCCGUUGCCGCCUCCCUACCGGCAAGUGAGAGAAGUGGGAGCCGAGGGUCGCCGCCGCCACCGCCACCAUGGGGAGAAAGUCGAGCAAGGCCAAAGAGAAGAAGCAGAAACGAUUGGAGGAGAGAGCGGCCAUGGAUGCUGUUUGUGCCAAAGUCGAUGCUGCCAACAGGCUUGGAGACCCUCUGGAGGCAUUCCCAGUCUUCAAGAAGUAUGACCGCAAUGGGUUGAAUAUCUCCAUUGAAUGUAAGCGAGUGUCUGGAUUGGAGCCAGCCACUGUGGAUUGGGCCUUCGAACUGACCAAAACCAAUAUGCAGACGAUGUAUGAGCAAAGUGAGUGGGGCUGGAAAGACCGAGAAAAACGAGAGGAGAUGACCGACGACCGAGCCUGGUACCUCAUUGCUCGGGAAAACAGUUCUAUCCCAGUUGCCUUUUCUCACUUCCGAUUUGAUGUGGAGUGCGGGGAUGAAGUCCUGUACUGCUAUGAAGUGCAGCUGGAAAGCAAGGUACGUCGGAAAGGCCUAGGGAAGUUUCUCAUUCAGAUCCUGCAGCUCAUGGCCAACAGCACACAGAUGAAGAAGGUGAUGUUGACUGUUUUUAAACACAAUCAUGGCGCCUAUCAGUUCUUCCGAGAGGCACUGCAGUUUGAAAUUGAUGACUCUUCCCCCAGCAUGUCCGGUUGCUGUGGGGAGGACUGUUCCUAUGAGAUCCUGAGCCGGAGGACCAAGUUUGGGGACAGUCAGCACUCCCACACAGGCGGGCACUGUGGUGGCUGUUGCCACUGAACUCCUAGAACCACUUGCAAGGAAAGUCACUCUCCUUAGGCCUGUCCUCUCCCCUGGUCUUAUGUCACUUGCCAGGCACUCCCAGAGCUGUGGGUACCUUAGUUCUGCAUGAGCCAGGCAUAUCCUGAGAACACAGAACCCUGGGGAGCAGUGACCCCAGCUGCCUUUCCACCUCCCUCCUGGAAAAGCAGAGUGCCAGGAGGGAACACUGAAGAGAGGGUGCUGCGAGGAUGACAGGCUGGCCAUCAAGCCCAUCCCUGUGCAGUAGCUGCCUACUUACUUAGUUCUUGGGCCUCUAAAAUGGAAGGCUUCCCUCUUGUCUGCAGCUGGAUUCCUGACAGGGGUGCACACCAUGCUCCAUAUGGACAAAUGGAAUGUUUAUACCCAUGUUUGUAAAAGGCCUGGAGUCUGCUGGUCCCCAGAAAGGACUGGAUACAAAUCUGGGCAUACAAACCUUGGACAUCUUUUCUCUGGGACAAAGUGCUUUCAGAGACCAUGUUGCCCUUGAUGUCAAGGUGCAGGGGUUUGUGCCGUGACUUAUAGAUCCACAGGGUGGUGUCUCAGGGGACCAGCCAUGUUCAGGAGGGAGUCUGCCUCCAUCACUUUCAAUAAGGCAGAGAAGACCAGGACUCAUGUGUUAUAGGGAUGCAGCAUCUCUGGGCGUUUGGACUUUGCUGCAUUUUCAUGAUCUUGACUUGACCUUUUUAUUCAAGAAGGAAGUCGAGUUCUGCCUGUUCUCACACCUCUCUCCUCAGCCCAGAUACCUCUGUUCUUAAUCUCAAGGGGAGUAACAUCAGGGAGCCCUUCGUCUUCCCCCAGAAGGACCCUUCCUUCCUGGUAUAAUUGAAUCCAUUUCUUCCUAUUCUUGGUGCUGAUAGCUCUCUGGAGGUGGGGUACUUCCCUGCCACCCUCCCUGUCUGAGGAGCCCCAGCCAACAUGGGCCCUUCUGCCUGACCUCCCUAGCCCCACCCUCACUGCCUCAGUGAGGCACUCGUGCCACUGUUACAGCACCCCUGGGAUGCCUUUCAGUGCCACCACUGCUUUCGUGUCAUGGGUGUCACCCUCCAGUGGCCGACUAGAGCAGAAGGCCUUCCUCCUCAGGGGAUGCAGUUGAGAACUUGAACUCAUCCUGAUGUCUGGAUCCUAGUCUUCAAGGAAACAAAACCAAAUCCUCACCUAGGAAAACACUCUUGCCACUUCCCAUUGCCACCCCUGAGUUCCACCUUGGGAGGCAUGGCAGAGAGCUUGCCUUUGUGCAGUUGCUUUCUGAGACUCUGCUACUGACCUCAGAUCUGCUCACCUCACCCCCUACCUGACUCAGGCUGUCUGUUCUGGCAAGUCUCCCCAAAGCAGUCACCUCUCACUCAGAUCCUUGACUUGUGCAGUAGCCUGGCCAUGGAGGGUCCUUUCUUGCCUGGUCUGUCCUCUGUUGAGCACCCUGUGCUAUCCUCAGCCCUUGGCCUUGCCUUGGAGAAGGCCUAGCAGCUUUACACUGGAAUAGCCUCUGAUAAGAGUUGAGCCUGCCCAGGGGGAAUUGGUAGGCUCCUUCCAAGAAUCAUGAAAUAGGAACGUGCUUGGAAGAGUUAUUUCCUGAUCUCUGUCUGUCUUAGAUCACGAAUCUCUGAUACCUCCUACUUAGGGGUCCAGAGGGAACACCCAGGUCAAACCCCACGUGAGGUGAAUGAGUGUCUUGUCUCCAGUUACUGGACACUCAGCACCAGGACUCAUGGUGCCCAGUGCCUGCCCUGCUCCUCACCCUCUGCGUGCCCCAUCCCAAAGGGCCCUUCAGGACCUCUCCCAACCAGAGGGAUGGUGACCAAGACCAGUAGAUUACCCCUGUGGGUGUUAAGCCUAGUGGUUUAUCAGGCACUUUUACCACCCUCUUGAGUUUGAGAAACAGCAGGUCUAAUCUACUGUACCAGGCUCUUUUGGUUUUUGUUCCAGGCGUGUUAAAAUGGUUUUAAAAGUUUUUGUUUUGUUUUAGUGAACCUAUUUCAUUUCAGGUUAUUUUUGUUGCUGUUAAAUGUGUAUGGUUCUUUUUAACCCUUUCUGGAGGGUUGGGGGGUUAUUUUUGUUUUUAAAAGGAAAGUUGGAAGGUAAUUUUGUUUUAUUUUUUUUUUCCUAGCAGCUCAUUAUCACUGGAAUCAAAGGGAAAAAACGUCUCUCUUUGUGUCCAUUUUAUUUGUAUGUCAUUAAUAAAAAGAUACUUUGUUCAGAUGCUGGGCUGGUGUCCAGAUGCUGAGUGCCAUGG